UGCCUGUGUGUUAUGUGUCUGUGUAUUUUUAAUAUUCUGUGCGAAAUUAUCGAGGGGACAAGUCUAUCUUUAAAAAAAAAAAAAAAUAAAAUAUAAUCGCGAAAAUGUUUUUUACGCUUGGAGGAGGCGUUAGUUAUUUUUUUUCAAUUCAUUUAUUAUAGGUCUCUCUCUCUCUAUAUAUAGACAGAAAAUUAUUGAGGGAGAAAAAAAAAGAUGCUGACAAAUAUAAUUGCGCGAUUAGAUGAGUGUCAAAAGUUCGCGUGUGCAUUUAGAAGAACUAACCUCCAAAUUUUUUUUAGUACAUUCAAAAAUCACGGUCAACAAUUAAAUACAAUCAAUUUGCGUCAAAGAUGGGGAAUUAUUUUCCAUUUCAAUUUUUUGAUGUUUUAAUUUUUUGCCAUUUCAAAGAAGACUGAGGAUUUUUUCUAAUAAUAUUGUAAAAAAAAAUAAAAUUUUUAAGACAAAUAUCAUAAACAAUGGACUUGAAUAGUUGCAUAGAAAUAAGGAGGCUCAAUAAAAAUUGUGAAUUUACAAUGAAAAAAAAACGUCAUAUCGAAUAGAACAAAAAAAAAAUUUGCCAUGUUAAAAUUUAUAUAAAAUAAAAAUUGGUACGAAUAAUCGACCAUUUUUUUAUAUAUAUAUAAAUAAUCAUUAAUAAUGCAGGCAAAAAAGCGUUAUUUACUUUUAUUUGUCACAUGCGCAUUUCUUGGAUAUUGUUAUUUUGGUGGUUAUAGAUUAAAAAGUGAUAAACCAUCAACUAAAUUAAAUUUUCCCUACGAUAAACUCCCGUCCUAUAUAACAUUAAAUGAAGAAUUUUAUGAUAAAGAUUUAAAAAUAACAACAACAAAUUUUCUUCAACAAACAUCACAAAAUAUGCGCAAUUGUCGAAUGGAAACAUGUUUUGAUUUUACACGUUGUAAACAGGGUUUUACAGUUUAUGUUUAUCCAGUUGAGGAUACAAUAAUUAGUCCAUUGUAUCAAAAAAUACUCAAUGUUAUAACUGAAUCACGUUAUUAUACAAGUGAUCCAACAAAAGCAUGUUUAUUUGUACUUGCAUUGGAUACAUUAGAUAGAGAUCCAUUGUCAACAGAAUUUAUUCAUAAUUUACCAACAAAAUUAUUACGUUUACCAUAUUGGAAUAGUGGUAAAAAUCAUUUGAUAUUUAAUCUUUAUUCGGGUACAUGGCCCGAUUAUGCUGAGGAUUCAAUGGCAUUUGAAUUGGGUUAUGCAAUGUUGGCUAAAGCAAGUAUGUCAAUAUCAAAAUUAAGACCCGAUUUUGAUAUAUCAAUACCAUUAUUUCAAAAACAACAUCCAGAACGUGGCGGUGAAUUGGGACAAGCGGCUGAAAAUAGUUUUCCAAGUAAUAAAAAAUAUGUCGCUGCAUUUAAAGGGAAAAGAUAUGUUCAUGGUAUUGGAUCAGAAACACGUAAUUCACUUUAUCAUUUGCAUAAUGGUAAAGAUUUGGUAUUUGUCACAACAUGCCGUCAUGGAAAAUCAUGGAGAGAAUUACAGGAUGAACAUUGUCAACAGGAUAAUCAGGAAUAUGAUACAUAUGAUUAUGAAAUUCUCUUGAUGAAUGCCACAUUUUGUUUGGUUCCCCGCGGUCGUAGACUUGGUAGCUUUCGUUUCUUGGAAGCAUUGAGGGCUGGCUGUAUUCCCGUUAUACUCAGCAAUGGGUGGGCACUUCCUUUUCACGAUCGUAUUGACUGGAAUCAAGCGGUUAUAUUCACCGACGAGAGGCUUCUUCUACAAAUUCCAGAUAUAGUGAGAUCUGUUUCGAAUACAAAAAUUCUCAAAUUAAGACAACAAACACAAUUUUUAUGGGAACGUUAUUUCUCAUCUAUUGAGAAAGUUAUUUUCACCGUAUUUGAGAGUAUACGAGAGAGAUUACCAUGGGAGGGUUCGAGGGAGGGUAUUAUUUGGAAUACAAGUCCUGGAGCAUUGGCAAUUUUACCACAAUUCGCUGAUAGUCAACAGGAAUUACCAUUUACAAGUAGUAAUCCGGGUAAUACAUUUACAGCGAUUAUUUAUUCACAAUUGGGUUCAACUGCUGUUCUUUAUCGUUUAUUAAAAAGUCUCGCCAAGUGUAAAUAUUUAGAUAAGAUUAUUUUAAUGUGGAACUCGGACAUUCCAUUGCCGAGAAAACCACGUUGGCAGGGAAUCAAAGCGACAAUACUUGUGGUUUCUGCCGAUGGGAUAUCACAUCGAUUUUAUCCCCAUCCACAAAUCAAAACUAGUGCCAUAUUAUCAUUAGAUGAGGAUGCAACACUCAAUACUGAUGAAAUUGAUUUUGCCUUUAAUGUUUGGCAAUCAUUUCCCGAAAGAAUUGUUGGAUAUCCAGCGAGAUCUCAUUAUUGGGACGAUUCAAAGAGAUCGUGGGGCUAUACGAGUAAAUGGACAAAUGAUUAUAGUAUAGUAUUGACUGGGGCAGCUUUUUAUCAUCGUUACUAUAAUACACUUUAUACGGAACUAUUGAGUUCGACAUUGCACAAAACAGUUGAACAAUCACAAAAUUGUGAGGAUAUUUUGAUGAAUUUUCUCGUUAGCCAUGUGACACGACGCCCUCCGAUUAAAGUCACACAACGUAAAUUGUACAAAGACACAACGGCCGCUGGUAUCAGGUCGCCGUGGAACGAUCCCGAUCAUUUUAUUCAACGGCAAACAUGUAUGAAUACAUUUGUCGCAGUGUUUGGUUAUAUGCCAUUGUUAAGAUCAAAUUUAAGAUUGGAUCCAAUGCUCUUCAAAGAUCCCGUAAGCAACAUGCGCAAAAAAUAUAGACAAAUUGAAUUAGUUAGUAAUUAGAUUUUUAAUUAUAUUGUAUAGCCGAAUGAUGAUGACAAUGUGACGUUAUAAUAUUAUUGUAGAAUAUAAUUAGAAUCAAAUUUUUGUUGAAUGUGUACAAAAAAAAAAAAAGAAAAGAAGAGACGUGGUCACCGUUUUUUUUUCUCUCUUUCAGAUCUGUUUAUAUUUUUUACUUUUUCUUUUUUGAUAAUAUUUUUCAGUAUAUAUUAUAAUUAUGUUUUAUUUAAAAAAAAAAAAAAACGGUGACGAGAUGAGGCUAUAUUAGAAGGAUCAUACUUUAAAUUAUUCAUUUACAAUUUAUUACUGACUAUUAUUUUUAUUAAUAUUAUUAUUAAAAUUAUAAUAAUUAUUAAAUUAUUAUUAUAGUUAAUUUUAUUAUUAUUAUUAUUAUUAUUAUUUUUACUAUCGUUACAAUCAUAAUAAUAAUAAUAAUAAUAAUAAUAAUUUUAAUUAUAAUAAAAAUUAAUAUGAUAAUUAUUAUUAUUGAUUGUUUCGAUUAUAUUAAUUGUGGGAAUUUUAUAUACAUAUAUUUAUAUAUAAAUUAUAAAUUAUAUUUAGCGAGAUUAUCUCGUGCAUCAAAGGAGCGGUGGCAUUUAUUAUAAUGAUAAUAAUAAUUUUUUUUUUUCGACACCUGAUGCUAGAGACGACUGUGGCAGCGACGAUUCAAUACGUUACCAAAUUAAUUGAUUUAAUUAUUGAUAUAUUGAUGAAAAUUAUUAUAUAUGUACAUAAAAAAGUCGAUUAUGUGUAGCUACUAAUAUACAAUAUAUAUUAUUAUUAUUAUUAUUAUUA